GCUGGCCACGCGCGCCUCCAGCGUCCCAGGAAGGCGAGCGGACAGGGGUGGGGGUCGUCGGCGCUGCCGCGGCCCCCUUCUGCGCCGGGCUGUGGCGCGUCCUGGCUGCUGGGGCCCUCCUCGGCGCGCACAUGAGCCCUCCUCUCGCGGAGGCAGGGCACGGCCCCUCCUCUGGAGCGCUGACGGUACCAUGAUAUAAUAAUGAUGGGUGGUGGAGCCCGCAUGUGAACUUGCAGGCGAAGCGGGCCGGGUGCUGCUUUCUCCCUGCAGCUGCCGCCCGCCUCCGCGAUCAGGUGCCGGCCACCGGGAGCGAACGGGAGCCCCGGCCGGCGAGCCAGACUUGCAUGCAGCCCCCUCUGGAUUAGCAGCAGCCUGGGAUUUGCUGCCCUCCGCCUCGCCGGUUCUUUUUUGCAGGCUGCGCUCAACUGCUUGGGAAGGUCAAGAUGUUAAAAAAUAUCUUAUGGAUAUGCUGGACCCUAGCCAUAUCAUAUGCAUUCCGCAAAGUGAAAGUGGAAAAAAGUCCCCCAGUGAAGGGUUCACUUGCUGGAAGAGCUGUCCUUCCUUGCUUCUUUUCAACCUUGCCUACGUUGCCCCCGAGCUACCACAAUACAAGUGAAUUUCUUCGGAUCAAAUGGUCAAAAGUUGAGCAGGAUGCAGGAGGAAAAGACCUAAGAGAACAUACAGUUUUGGUGGCCCAAAAUGGAAAUAUCAAGAUAGGAAAAGGCUACAAAGGGAGAGUAUCAGUUCCAAGCCACCCAGAAGACAUUGGUGAUGCAUCACUGACGAUGGCGAAAUUGCGGGCAAGCGAUGCUGGUGUUUAUCGCUGUGAUGUCAUGUAUGGAAUUGAAGAUACCCAAGAUAUCGUCUCACUGGCUGUUGAUGGUGUUGUGUUCCACUACCGUGCAGCCAGCAGUAGGUACACCAUGAAUUUCAAGCAGGCUAAGGAAGCUUGUUUAGAGAAUGGUGCUGUUAUAGCAAGCCCCAGUCAACUGAAAGCUGCUUAUGAAGAUGGAUUUGAGCAGUGUGAUGCUGGCUGGUUGUCUGACCAGACUGUUAGGUAUCCCAUCAGACAACCCAGAGUUGGAUGCUAUGGAGACAUGAUGGGAAAGGAAGGAGUCAGAACCUAUGGAUAUCGUCUUCCCAAUGAAACCUAUGAUGCCUAUUGCUAUGUGGGAAGCUUGAAUGGUGAUGUCUUCCAUGUAACUGGUCCCAACAAGCUAACUUUUGAAGAAGCUAAAAGGCAGUGUGAAGCACAGGAUGCAGUUCUUGCUUCUGUCGGAGACCUGCAUGCUGCCUGGAGAAAUGGCUUUGACAAAUGUGACUAUGGCUGGUUGGCUGAUGGCAGUGUGCGCUACCCUGCUUCUGUGGCAAGAAUCCAGUGUGGAGGAGGUUUACUGGGUGUGAGAACCCUCUUUCGCUUUGAGAACCAAACAGGGUUUCCUUACCCUGACAGCCGAUUUGACGCCUACUGUUUUAAACGUAAACAGAAUGUAUCAGAUUCUUCAUCUGUUGAACUGCAUAUACCUGUGGAAAGUGGAUCAGGCAAUUUAUUAAAAGAACUGAAGAUAAUGCCAUCCAAAACUUCAGUUCGGCCCCAUGUCAUUCCUGGAGAAAAACAGGAAGAGAACGUACCCAAGAAACCCAUUCAUUUAUCUACUAUUCUACCUCAGACUGUUACUGACUCUACCGAUUCAUCAGAAUUGCAUAGAAUGUCCCCAUUUACCCCACCUAUCUCAGACUUCCAUGAUGAUGCUUCCUUAAGUUCUGAAAAGCAAACUGAACAGAUAGAAGUGGGACCGAUAUUCAGAGAUAACUUGAGUGAUCCUGUUCAAACUGAGAUGUCUGUAACUCUAAAAAUGGAAGAAACACAGCUUGGCAUCCAUCCCACAGAAGUAUCAAUGGAAGCAAAAACUGACACAAAACUCACAACUGUUGUCAUUCCCAAAGAGCAGCUUACUGAUAAGCAUGAACUUACUUUAGAAAAAGAUGACAAUGGUGCUAUUACGACUGAUCAUAGACCAGUGACCCCUAGCAGUGCUCCAGAAAUAGAUGUUGUUAAAGUGUCAAAGACUUAUUUUGAUGAAAAUGCCACACCUAUGCCAGACAAGUUGUCCUCAGUAGCUUUAUUUGAAAGCAAGAAACCAUCAGCAACAAAGAUCCAUGAGCUAACACUUUCUGCAGUGACUGAUACAAUUAAAGUUGUACAUAUGGAGUCCUCAGAAUUAAAUGGGAAGGAAGGGCAUACAGUGGUCCCUGCUGAUUCAGGUAAGAGUAAAGAUCGUGGAGGGAUAAUUCCCACACACACAACUUUAGAUGGAGAGGUGAUCACAGAAUCUAAAGUGUCAGCAACUGAAAGCAGCAUGCCAUCUUUUACUCCUUCAUCAGACACUACAGAGUUACCAAGGGGCAUGUCUACUGUCACAGAUGCAAGUAAUAUAGUGGAUAUGUCAGGAGGUUUUACCAAAGAUGAAAGAGAUGAGAUGACAAGACAUCAUGAUAGAAUCACAAUGCUUGCACCCACACCAGAAAUGAAACCAGAGAAGCCUAAAGCAAAAACAGAUCAGCAAUAUGAUUGGGCUUAUGAAGGCAGUGCUACUGUGCAGCAGCCAGAGUUAGGGGCUUCAGGAAAAAUAACUACUGUUUCUCCUUCAGUAGACAUUGAAGACAUAGCAGGCACACAGUCAGUUACAUUUACAGAGUCAGCCAAAAUGACUACUUCCAUUUCACUAUCAAAGACAGAGCCUGAUACUACCCCCAUUUACAAAACUUCAGAAGAUAUUUAUGGUAAAGAUGUGGUUUCUGCUGUUAUUCAUACGGUUAGCUUAGGAACAGUGACAGAGCCUGCAGCAGUUAUUCAAGGGGAAUCCACCACUAAAGAUCAAGUUAUUGGGAAACUGGCUACUGUUCCAGGCACUACAAAUUUGUCUUUCUCACCUAAACAUGGUGUAGCUGUUGAAGGACCUGCAUAUGAGGAGAAACACACAACUAUAGCAUCUUUGGACCCAGGUGUAAAAAUUACUGUUAUUGAUGCAGCCACAAAGCCAGAACUGUUUUUCGAUGGAGAUUCUGUCACCGAAUCCAGUCCGAAACCUACUGGAGUGUCUCCCACAAAUGAGAGUGAAAAUGGAUCACCCUCAACUCAGUCUGUAGGUCCAACAGAAUAUAUUGCUCCUGUAGCUGAAAAAUCUACUUAUAUGGUAAAAAUAGUUAGCCUUACAACUCACAGUCCAGAAGGUUCAGGAACAACAGAAGAUGCCAUAAGAACUGAUUCUGUUUUAUUUUCAGCUAUGGCACCAAGCAAACCAACAAUGCUAAGUGGCAUAACCACGUCUACAGUUGCUGCAUUGGCCAAAAUUCAGCCUACUUCAGUAUCCAAGCCUUUAAUUACCAAAACACAACCACCUUUAAUUGACAGGGAACCGGAUGAGGAUGUGAACACAGACAUGGUAAUAAUUGAUGAAUCUAUUUCUUCCAUUAAAACCACUACUGAUGAUGAUUUUACAGGGAAGAUUACAGAACCAGAAAUUGAUACAGAAUAUUUUACGUCAUCAAGUGUUACUGCAAUCGCCCCGCCCACAAGCCCAUCCAAGGAGGUUUUAGAAUCUCAAGAAGAGCCGCCUCCAACUUCAAACGCUGACACAGGGCUGGAAAGAAGCCCUGAUAUAAAUCUGUUUGUUGUUGCUUUCGCAGACAAUGAUACAGAUCCAUUGCACAGAUUUUGGGAUUUAUUUGGUUACCAAAUUCAUCCACUUGAAAUAGAUGAACCCCCCACAGAUACUGAAUCAACUCAUGAUGAACCCUGCACAGCAACCCCUGAUGAAGAAUCUUCAGAAAUCUUAAUUUUGGAUCCUUUCUUUCCAGAAAUGUACAAUCUUGAAGAAGAAGAAGACUGUGAAAAUACUACUGAUGUCACAAUUCCCCCAGCAUUGCAGUUUAUUAAUGGAAAGCAGCAGGUGACCACCUCACCUAAAGAUACAAAAGCUGAAGAAGCACGGAGUGAUCAAAUUGAAAGUUUAUCUCAUUUUAAAAAUGUAACAUUUUCACAAAUCAAUGAGACAAGCGUAGUGUCUGAGAAUGAAGGCUCCAGCACAAUAGUGCAAAAUGAAUCCUCAGAAAUAAUAGAAACUACAACUACACCAAAGCCGAUGGCUGAAUCUGCCAUUAUAGAACUGGUUUUUAGUGGGGAAUCAGAAGUUUCUACUACAGAUAAAACCCUUGAAAUAACAUCAAUACAUGACAAGUCUUUAUCAGAAGUUCCAGAGAGUUUAACACAAGCUCGAAAAGACCUUCAUAAGACACUACCCAAACACUCUAGCCUCAGUGCAGAAUACUCUGAAGAUUUUACUACCAACCCCCAAUUAAACAGAGAUAUCUCUUCACAUACUGUGAAAACAACAUUAAAAGAUUCCAAAAAGGUUUCUGCUACAACUUCACCUGCAAGUGACUUCUCCACAGCCACCUCUGUAACCAUAAACAUGGAAGAAAUGACAUCAAAUGAAGCAACUGCCCUACAAAAUGAUUAUGAAUCAUCAUUUAGUCCUGAGAUACUUUCCUUACUAAAACAUUCUUUUGAAACCACCAGAAGUCCUAGUUCACUGGGUAGUCCAGAAGGUUCUGGAGAUGUGCAAGAAGAGAAUUCUAAAUCUGCAACCAUGACAAUAAAAAUGGCAGAAACAGAAAAGAUUACUGUUUGGGAAACCUCUUCAGAUUUUGGUACAACAGUUCCUACCAAAAUUAGCCAUGACACCUCACACCGUCUUGCAUCUUUGUAUCAAGAAGCUACCUCUACAGUUGACCAAGGUUCUGUAGAACCUUUUACAACUCAAUAUAUUACAGAAUUAAUUUUAGAGAAAAAUGUUCUGAGUUCUACUAAAACUGCAAUGAAAUCGGAAGGGGAUGAAGACAGAACUGUGAGUACCAUUUCUUCACCUAAGCAAUAUUCAGAAACUGUUGAGGCAGAAAAGUUGCUGUUAAGUAAUGAAUUUGUGAAUUUUACUGAUAAGGUCAGAACUGAGAGCCAAGGAUCUAUAACACUCAGCAAAACCUCCUCAGUAACAGAUAGUCCACCACUCAAAAUCAAAGACAUCACUGAGAAAAGUAUGCUUACAGAUGAAGUAUCUGGAGAUGGAUCCACAGAUGUUUGGAGGAAACAUGGCACAGACAUGCUUUUUAAGGGGCCCACAAGCAAAGUGGUAAGUACUGACUCCCCAUUUAUUGAUCCAGGUUCUGGAGAAAUGGAUGUCAUGAUUCAUACUACCUUAUCUCCAUUCCCAUUGUCUGGACCUGAAAACACUGAUGUACAGGAAAAGGAGAGAGACAUUCUUAGUACAGAUUCCUCAUCUGUGAAGCAUGCAAUAUUUACUGACCCCACAGUGGCAGAGUUGAGUACUGAAUUGCAUAGGUGGGCCAUGGGAACUAUAACAAAAGGUCAAGUAUCAAAAAAUACAGCAGAUAGUGAAGGACUGCUAACAGAUACAAUUAAUAUAGCUACAUUGUUGUCAUUUAGUGAAAAGUCUAUUCUUGAACCAAAUGAAGAGGUGACAACAUAUCCUCCAGCAAUAGAACAGAAACAUGACUUAUUUGAAACAUCAGGUGUGACAUCUGUGCAGCCUUUGAUGAACAUUACUUCUAAUAUCAUUAUGACCCAUGAUGUUGAAAAUAUAAAGCCAGUAAUUGAAUCUACUGAAAGUGAAAGUACUUUAAUAAUUUCUCCAAGUCCUCCUGCAAUAUUGACAAAUGACAUUGUUCUAGAAGAAAUUGUAGAAUCUGGUCAACCAAAAAGCACAAGACCGUUUUCUCCAACGACCUUUACAGAUAAAACUUCCCCUAUGGAUAUGGGCUCAGGAGAUGGAUCCAGAGAUGAUGGAAGCAGUACAAAAUUAGUGCCUCAUGGUCCUGUAGAAAGAAUAGUUGAUAAUCAAUUUCCAUUGAUGGAAGAGGGUUCUGGUGAUAUAGACUCUUUUACUGAUCCUUCUAUGAAAACCACAGUUUUAUCCCCAUUACUAGUGGAAAGACUUGGAACUCAAACUACAAAAAAUGUAAGAAAAGAUAGCCACAUGACAUCUAUAUAUAAUUUGUUUACGGAUGCACCUACAAAAUUUGGCAUAUACAGUGACACUGAAAUUAUCACAACCAACAUAGGAAUUGUAGGGGAAGUUUCUAACAUACAAAAAAUGAAAGAGGAAGUACCUGUUGGGGUAGAAAUAAAAGACUUUGGUGUAAAACCAACACUGAAAGAUGAAACAAAUUCUAGUGAAGAAGGCAUUUUUGAAAUAUCAGGGAAAAUGGCACUUACCUCUAAUGUGAUAACAGAACAGUCUUACAUAAAAAGUACCAAAUCUGAAGCUGGACAGCCAGGAAUUUUAAGUGUUUCCACUUUUGGUCCAAACUCAGAAAAUAUGAAUUUUGAUGUCAGUUCUGCUACUGAACCUGUGCAAACAAAACUGUCUCCACUAGAUAAAACCCUCAGAACUGAGUCUAAAAUAUUUCAAAACAGAGACAUAAGCACUUCACCAACUUUUGGAGAGAAAGAAGACUUGUUGAUACAGAAUGCUUACCCUACUGAAGCAACCUCUGUGAAGCAUAUUCCUUUAGUACUCACAACAUAUAAGUCAGUGACUACCACAGUUGUUGGUAAUAUUCCACUGUUCUCAGAACAAGGUUCUGGAGAUGAAUUAUUGACUGUUCCAUCCACCACAGUGGCUGAAAGUUCUGCUAUAUUACUUGGAAUCUCAAAUAGAUCAGAUUAUGAUAUUCACUCAAAACCUUCAAGAGUAAAUUUUUUGGCAAAAGAAAUAAAGGAAAUUCAUAAUCAUACUAGUAAAUCAAAUGAUGAUUCCAGCAGCAAAAUAAAAUUCUUGCACACUGCAGCUGAAACAACAAGAGACACAGUUGAGCUAGUUUCAUCCACUGUUGAUGCUAGGUUGAGUGAUACUGAAGCAUCUACAAUAAAGUUGCCCUUUCCUGUGACAUCUCAAAACCAAGAAAAAUAUUAUCAUAAAGGAGAAGAUAUAACAUCAUCAACACCAAUGGAUAGAAUUACCCAUGAAGACACAACUGGUGUUUCUGAAUUUAGUAGAACUUCUGAUUUCAGAAACAUUGAAACACUUCAGACCACACCAGUAUCAAAAAUGUUGAGCCGAACAGUUGAUGAAAGUUCUGGAGAAGGAUCAGGAUGGAUGGACAGUGUGGGAAAACAUUCAGGUUCACCCACUCAGUUGCCAAAAAGUGAAAUAAUACUUACACCUGACACCCAUGUUGAAAAUUAUUCCAUGAACUCAGACUCAGCAAUAGACAAAUCACAAAUUAUGUUAGCACCAUUAGAAGAAAAGCAAGUGCUACCAACUUCAGCUAAUAAUCUCUCAGAGAUAACUGUUGAAGAAAGUUCUAUGAAUAUCAUUAGAGACUAUGAGGAACUUAUCCCAAUUGUUGAUGACAAAAGGAAUUACUCUGGAAAUAUUUCUAAGUUUAGUGACAUUACACUUGUUGGACCAAACAGUGGCAUAGCAUCAGAUGAAAAAACAAUUAUAGAUGCUGACCUCUUGAAAUCAACACUUGAAGACACAGGUGCCCAAACAAUGGUGCUCACUGAGACACACUUAGCAUAUGAUGAUAAUACUGCCACAACUAUUGAAAUGGAGAUUCAGAGCACAACACCAGAAUUUGCUUUUACUGAUAAUGAAUUAGACAGUUUUGGAGAUUAUCAAGAGACGCCUGAAACGAGGAAGUUCAUAUUCAGUGAACCAAUUACAGAUGAACAAACACCACCGCCAGAUGAUGUGGGUUCAGGAGAUGUCAUAUCUUUUACAGCAGAAAAUCCUGACACACGAGAGUUAUCUAACACAUUUACUUUACUUCCAGAUAUAACAUUUGUUGUCAGCUCUACCAUAUCAUCUCCAACGAGCUCCAGAACUGGUGAAAAGGAAAAAGUGUCACUGUUUGAAAGUAAAGAUUUUGCAUCUAAAACUCCAAUAGAAGACAACUCUGAAUUACAGACAUUGUCAGACAACCAAGCAAUAGCUGAUGAAAGUGAAAUUGUAUCUACUUCUGGUCUGUCAGAAAAAGGGCAAAUAGAGUUGGAUGAAAAGAAAGACAUCACACCUUUCUCUAUACCCCCAUCCUUACUUAUUAAGACAGGACAAAAUUUUACGACAAGCUCUGAAGAAGAAAAUAUAGUUUCUGUACAGCUGGUUUCCCAACGUGCCACGGGGAAUGAAGAAACACAUAAUGAUGGAAUAAAAACUGCACCCACAGAAUCCACAAAAACAGAUCCAGAAAAUUUUCUUUCUGUAACUGAAACACCAAAAUCACCUGUAACUGUCCAUUUGCUAAAUGGAGCUUACAGGUACCCUGAAGAAAUCAUGUUAAGUACUGUAUCAUCAGUAGAUUCUGAAAAACAUGAUUCGUUAUUGAUACAAUCCUUCAGAGAAGUUAGUGCUGAUAUUACAGCAACUUAUAAACCUCCCACAAAAGAAUCAUCAGAUAGCACAGAGUUUCUGUUUUCAUCUUCUCCUGAACUGGAAUCAGAAGGCAUGGCUAAUGAAAGUACAACUGUUUCUAGUAGACAAGUAACACAAAUGAGAGGAAAACCAGGACAUUCUUCAGAAGUGAUUACUUGGGAAGAAAUUACUGUUUCUGAAGAGCCCCUUUCAGAAAAAGAUAAACCAACAGCCUUUACACAGUUAGAUGCCAAAGUAAUAAUAAACAGUGCUGAAGAAGAGACGUCUGAAAGUGUGAGGGAAUUAAGUCAAUUGGAUGAAAAUAGUGCUGAAGGAGCCUUGCCACGGUUACACACAACAUCUUCUUCAGUACCACAUGAAAGUAAAACAGGUGGAGUGUUUGAUACUGAUGAAAAAGUUAACACACAGCCAGUUUUACCUCCACCCUCUGUGGAUACAAUUUUGGAAAAUCAGACUGAUUUGAAAGUACCAAAGGAGUCAACACCAAUUUCUUCUUACACUGCAACCAAAAGGCCACUCCCUGAAAACAUUCCUGAAUAUAACAAGCAGACAAGAAAUACUGAGGAUUUAAGCUCCAGUGAACUUGUAACACCACCAUUUUUACUUCUGGAUGUUAUUAAUGGAUCAGAUUUCCUGAUUGGCACAGGUGGGGGUUCAGUUGAAGGCACAGCAGUUCACAUACCAGACCAAGAUCCAUGCAAAAGUAAUUCCUGUCUACAUGGAGGCACAUGCUAUCCACGGGAUUCCUUCUACAUUUGCACAUGUAUGCCAGGCUACAGUGGUGAACGGUGUGAAACAGAUGCUGACGAAUGUCAAUCAAGUCCUUGCAGAAAUGGAGCCACGUGCAUUGAUGGGGUUAACACGUUUUCUUGCCUUUGUCUUCCAAGUUAUGUUGGAGCUCUUUGUGAAAAAGACACUGAAACCUGUGAUUACGGCUGGCAUAAGUUCCAAGGGCAGUGCUACAAAUACUUUGCCCAUCGUCGGACGUGGGAUGCAGCUGAAAGAGAGUGCCGUCUCCAGGGAGCCCAUCUGACGAGCAUCUUGUCUCAUGAAGAACAGCUCUUUGUGAACCGUAUUGGCCAUGACUAUCAGUGGAUUGGCUUAAAUGAUAAGAUGUAUGAAAAUGACUUUCGCUGGACUGAUGGCAGCGUGUUGCAAUAUGAAAACUGGAGACCAAACCAGCCAGACAGUUUCUUUUCCUCUGGAGAGGAUUGUGUAGUUAUAAUUUGGCAUGAGAAUGGCCAGUGGAAUGACGUGCCAUGCAAUUAUCAUCUGACAUACACCUGCAAGAAAGGAACAGUUGCUUGUGGCCAACCUCCAGUUGUAGAAAAUGCAAAGACUUUUGGGAAGAUGAAGCCUCGUUAUGAAAUUAACUCAUUGAUCAGAUAUCACUGUAAAGAUGGUUUCAUCCAGCGUCACAUUCCAACCAUCCGGUGCCAGGGGAAUGGACGAUGGGAUUUACCUAAAAUUACCUGCAUGACUCCAUCAUCAUUCCAAAGGACUUAUUCUAAGAAAUAUUAUUAUAAACACUCUUCACCAGAAAAAGAAAAUUCAUUAAACUCAUCAAAACAUUUUCAUCGUUGGAUCAGGACAUGGCAGGAUUCAAGGCGUUGAACACACUCUAGUCACAUUGGGAUGCUUUCCGGGCCAGCCAAAGUCCUAAAUUACUGUGCCUUUCUCUUAUCAGUUAUAGGAGUAUUAUCAAGAAUUUGUGGAAAUGUAAGGAUCUCACACAACACCUAUCAACAAUUGCUACAUAUGCCACUUUGAAAAGGGAUCCAUUUCCAGCCUAGCUAGUAUGUUAAUUGUUGUGGGACCAUUUGAUGAUCUAAACCAGCAUACUGUAAUAAUUAAAACUGUUCCAUUUUAGCACCAAUGAUAAUGUAAAUAAGAUGAUUUAAUGGUGUUUAAAUGUGUGUUGUGUUCAAAAUCCUGUAUAUACAAUGAGAUGUCACACUAAGUUCAGACUUAUUUAUGGCUAUCUGGCCUCAGAGGUCUUUAAUCAUUUGUUGUUUGUUUGUUUGUCUUGAGGUACUUCACCUGGCUGGAAAUAGGUUUAGAUUGUUUUCUGAUCUUUUAAAAAAAUAUGGGAGGAGAAAAAGAACUGAUGCAAAUGGAAGAUGGACAGUGGAAACAGCACCUUGCUUUAGGAAUACUGACAGUCUGUCUCUACAAGAGGUACCACUUAAAACUAUGUGAUGUGAACCUUACAUAAGGAUCCACCCUAACCUAAGGACUGCAGCAUGGGACCUGACUUUUCCAGAUAUGGCAUCGACUAAAAGGGACUUGCCUAGAGAACUUUUUAAUGACAAGGAGGGCCUGUAGGAAUGCAAAGUGCUAAUUCAAUAAAGCUCAACCAGGGCCACUUUUUUAGAGAUAAGUUUUACAACACUAACCAUAGGUCUAUGUUACAGCUCUCUGCAUUUUUAAGUUGGAAAUAGACCUGCCUUUUUGUAAAAAAUUAAAAAGUAAAUAAUUUUGUAUAUAUAAAUAUAUAUAACCAUUUUUAAUCCUUUUAUAAAGUAAUGAAUGUUUAUGUAUGAAUGCUGCAGCUGUGAAGCGUACAUAAAUAAAUGAAGUAAGCCAUACUGAGAUAAUUUAUUGGAUGUUCUUUUUAUCUUAAAAUAACUUAGUCACUCAUUGUUAGCUAUCAACUAAAUGUGUUUGAAAGAGCCAGACUUGGUUUCAAAUGUUUUUUGACAUGAGAAGGAAAUUCUAAUAAAUGGGAUUAUUUGUCUGUGAUAACAUGAA